UCACCUGCAGGACCUGAAGCCCGUCCAGGACAAGCAGAAACACCAUGCUCUAUCGGGGACUGGAGGGGUUUGUAGCAGCUGUGGCCCCUUUUAACUUCACUGCUAUUGGUGGAAACCUGGCAGGUACUCCAGCUCUGAUGGGUAAUGUGGUACUGUGGAAGCCCAGUGACACCGCCAUGUCUGCCAGCUACGCGGUCUACAAAGUCCUGAGGGAGUGUGGUCUUCCCCCAAACAUCAUACAGUUUCUACCAGCGGACGGUCCGGUGUUCGGAGACGCCGUCACCUCCUCUGAGCACCUGGCAGGCAUCAACUUCACCGGCAGCGUCCCGACGUUCAAGCGUCUUUGGAAGCAGGUGGCCCAGAACCUGGACACCUACAGGACCUUCCCUCGACUGACAGGAGAGUGCGGUGGGAAGAAUUUCUACUUUGUCCACAAGUCAGCGGAUGUUGAGAGCGUGGUGAAGGGCACGAUUCGCUCAGCGUUCGAGUAUGGAGGGCAGAAGUGUUCGGCCUGCUCCAGGAUGUACGUACCAGACGGCCUGUGGCCACAGAUCAAACGGGGGCUUCUGGACAUCCACAGCAACAUCAGAGUGGGAGACCCUGUGGAAGACUUCAGCACCUUUUUCUCAGCUGUGAUCGAUGAGAAGUCGUUUGUUCGGAUAAAGACGUGGCUCGACCGUGCCAAGUCCUCCUCUAAUUUAAACGUCAUCGCUGGAGGUAACUGUGACGACAAGACGGGUUACUUUGUGGAGCCGACCAUCAUCGAGACCACAGACCCACAGGACGCCAUCAUGAACGAGGAAAUCUUUGGGCCUGUUCUGGCAGUUUAUGUUUAUCCUGAGAAACACUACAAAGAGGUGCUGCAGCUGAUAGACAACACAUCCCCGUACGCCCUGACAGGAGCAGUGUUCGCUCAGGACAAGGAGGUGAUCGCCGAGGCGGCUGAAGCCUUAAGAAACGCUGCAGGGAACUACUACGUGAAUGAUAAAUCCACCGGCUCCGUUGUGGCUCAGCAGCCAUUCGGUGGCGCCAGAGCUUCAGGAACCAAUGACAAACCCGGAGGUCCUCACUACGUCCUGAGAUGGACGUCGCCGCAGGUGGUGAAGCAGACCCACGUCCCCCUCACAGACUGGAAGUACCCCUACAUGGACUGAGGUGGGGUCCGGUACUGCAGCCUGCUGGUCCAAUCGGAGCCCUCCGUCCCUCAGCUGAUUCUCCAAUCACCAACAACACAUACAUGUAGACUCGUGUGACGUGAAAUGAAGCGUCUCCCCGCUGUCCCUCUGUCUCUGCACUGAGCCUGGACGUGAGUGUAUCUGAGGAGUCUUCCAUCUAGAAACUGCAAACCACCAAAGUGGAGCCGAUCGUGCCGAUCCUCGCGGCUCACACCUGAUCUCACCUGCUGGUUCCUCACUUACAGAAUCUUCACUUGUUGCUCAGUGACGUCGGUCGUCAGAGACGAGGAGUAGUUUCAGUGUUUUCUCUGAAUCAAAUUAGAGCUCAAACUAUCAGUCGAUUCGUCAAAAUAAUCUGCAACAGUUUUUAACAAUCGAUUUAAUCAUUUGAGGGGGUUUUUUUAAGCUCAAAUGGAAAAAUUCUCUGAUUCCAGCUUCUGAAUUCUGAAUAUUUUCUUACUCUUCUGUGAUAAUAAACUGAUGCUGGUUGGACAUUUA